UAAAUAUUUAAUAAUAUUAUUGGGAAGUAUCAACAUUUUUGUGAUUCUUUUUGUUUUUUUAAGAACUUGAAACUUAAAAAAAUAAAGCUUAAGGCCAUUAGUGGGUUGGGCCAAUUCUGAUAUGUUGGGUGUUUUAUGGCUCCAGCCUCCUUUAAGAUCUUGGCUCAGGCUCCGGGCAUUUAAAUUUUUAGCUCCGUCUCCGGCAGAAAGCAUGCUCCAAAACUAUCUCCCGAAAAUAUACCCAGCAUCCAAAUGCGUAGCAAGGGGGAGUUAGCUCACUGAUACAUUGCCCAAACCCUGUGGUUGUCAUUUUUUGGAAAAAUAUAAGUAAAAAUGAGCUUUUUUCAAUUGAAAAUCAAUUUUUAAUUCUUUAAAUUUUAAUUUUUUCUAGAAGGUUAUGAUCAUUUUUAUACUCGUCUGCGUUUCAAAAACACAUUUUUAAUUAAUUUGGAUAUGGAAAAAGAUGUUUUAAAUGAAAGAUUAAAUAAAAGAGUUGAUAAAAUGAUGGAAAGGGGCUUAUUAAAAGAAGUUACUGAUUUUUAUGAUGAGUAUUUUGGAAAAGUUGAUAAAUUUGGAAUAAUGCAAAUAAUUGGUCCAAAAGAGUUUUUGCCCUAUUUACGUUUAAAUAUAAUUGGAAGAAAUUCAAUUAGAGGAGAACACAAAAUUGAAGAAUGUAAAGAAAAAUUAAAAACAAGAAAUAGACAAUAUGCACAGAGACAGAGGCUUUGGUUUUACAAUAGAAUUUUAAAUAGAGGAGAACAUAGAGAGAUCCCAAAAACAUUAGCAUUAAAUUCCUCAAAAGAUUUUGCUGAAAAAUUGGUCCCAUUUGCAUUAAAACAAGUAAAACAAUUUUUGUUUGGAGAAGAAAUUGAUGAUGAAAAAAAAUGUAAUGGAUUAUUAUAUAAAUUACCACCAUUGGGGGACAUGUUUAAACAAGAAGAUUAUAUGGAAAAUCGGAAAAAAAUUUUCUUGUGUGAUAUUUGUGGAACAGAAAUUCAAGGAAAAAUGCAUUGGAAAAAACAUUUGGAAGGAAGAAAACAUAAAAAUAAUUUGGAAAAAAUAAAAAAGAAGAAAGGAAGGAAUGAUAAUCAAGGAUAA